CAUAAAUGGGGUGAGGGCACAGUGCAGGUGGCACCAGCACCCAGCACGGGGGCUCUGUGCCCCAUAACCCCCCCACAGCUGUGUGCCCCACACUGCUGCCCCAUAGCGCUGCCCCAUAGGGUGCCAUCCCAUCCAUCACACAGCACUGGGUGCCCCCACUUUGGGUGCUGCCAUUGGGUUCUACCAUUGGGUGCCACCAUUGGGUGCCACCCUGGCCCUUAUCUCAGCCCUGGCACCUUAUCAGACAGCUCAGCUCUUCCUCAAGGCUGCAGCUCGACCCUGAACCCUCACGGUGCCACCGAGGCGCCUUCACCCCCCCCAGCCCCAUAGAUCCCUCCCUGCCCCAUAGAUCCCUCCCUGGCCCCAUAGAUCCCUCUAUGUACCCAUAGGACUCUAGGUUCCAUCCUCCAUCCCCUAUUGCGGGCACCACCUUGAGCCUGGCACCACCCCACCCCAUAUCCUGCCCCAUAUCCCGCCCCUAUAGGGGGCAGCUCGGCCCCACACGGCGCCGUUGCCCCACGGCUGCGCUGGGAGGGCCGGGCCCUGAUAUCGAUCCAUCGGGGUUAAUGAUCACAGCGACUUUACGGCCCCGCUCGGGGCUGAUUGGCCUCGUGCAGUCGGACCAGCCGCCCUAUAGGGACGCAGCCGCCCCAUUGCUCACUGUGGGUCCCACAACGGCACCGCGGUGCUGCCGGUACCAUCAUGGCGGCUGCCCCGGUGCUGGCCGGUACCGUGCUGGGAGCACUGCUGGCAAUGGCAGCGCCGGAGCUGACCCCGAUCCACGCCGCCGGUUACUGCGCGUUCUACGGCAGCUGCGGCCGCAACCCGGAGCUGAACGGGUCCCUGCUGAGCUCGGACGUCCCGUGCCUGGACAACAGCCCGGCUCGAGUCGCCUCGGCCGCGGUGCUGCCGCUGCUGCGCACCGUGUGCCCGGAGCUGGUUCGUGGUGACAACGACACGCGGCUCUGCUGCUCCAUGGCGCAACUGACGGCGCUGCGGCUGUCGGUGGCUCUGUCCGGCGCGGUGCUGUCCCGCUGUCCGUCCUGCGCCCGCAACUUCGCCAACCUGCACUGCAGCAACAUCUGCAGCCCUGACCAGAGUCUGUUCAUCAACGUGACCCGCGUGGCCGAUCCCGUGUCGCCGUCGGGGCGUCGCGCGGUGCUGGAGUAUCAGAGCUUCUACCGGCGCCGUUACGCCGAGGCCGCGUUUGACUCGUGCAUCGGGGUCCGGCUCCCGGCCACGGGCGGCUUCGCGCUGGACACCAUGUGCGGCAUCUACGGCGCCCGGCUGUGCACGGCGCAGCGCUGGCUGGACUUCCAGGGCGACAUCAACAACGGGCUGGCGCCGUUACGGAUCCGCUUCGUGCUGCUCCCGGACGGCACCGAACCCGGCGGCGGCAUCGUGGCGCUGAACGGCAGCGCGUGGCCGUGCCGGGGGUCGCCGGGCCCGGAGCUGCAGCCGUGCAGCUGCCAGGACUGCGCCGCGUCGUGUCCCCCCAUCGUUGCCCCCACGGGACCCCCGGCUCCGUUCCGGUUGGGCUCUGCUGACGGGGCGCUGGUUCUGUGCGCGCUGCUCUUCAGCUUCUUCGCGCUGCUCUUCCUCACCGCCAUCACCUGCGGCUCCGCUCACACCUCAGGUCGCUCCAGCUCUUCCACCUCGGCCCGGUCCAGCUCCAUCCCCGGUUCCUCCAGCCCCAGACGCGGCUGCUGCUCCCGUUUAUCAUCAGGCUCUCACAGCACCAUGGCCAAACUCUUCCGCCUUUGGGGCACGAUGGUGGCGACGCGGCCGGUCCCGGUUCUGGUGGUGUCGUUGGUGCUGGUGGCCGGGCUGGGCGCGGGGCUGCACCGGGUGCGUCUGACCACGGACCCGGUGGAGCUGUGGUCGGCGCCGGGCAGCCAGGCCCGGCUGGAGAAGGAUUUCCACGACCGACACUUCGGGCCGUUCUUCCGGACGUGCCAAGUGAUCAUCACGGAACCGCGGCCCGGCCCGGCCGCCCCGUAUCACUCGGUUCUGUUGGGCUCCAAGAACUUCAGCUCGGUGCUGAACCCCGCCGUGCUGCGGGAGCUGCUGCGGCUGCAGGAGGAGCUGGCGGAGCUCAGCGUGUGGGUGCAGGAGGAGCAAAGGGCCAUUCAACUAAAGGAUGUUUGUUACGCGCCGCUCAACCCCGGUAACGCCACCAGCGCCGACUGCUGCGUCAACAGCGUCACCCAGUACUUCCAGAACAACCGGACCCGGCUCGCGAUGGAGGCGGCGCAAAGCGGGGACGGGACCAGCGGAACCGCAGACUGGAGGGACCACGUCAUGUACUGCGUCAACUCCCCACUCUCCUUUAUGGACAUCACGGCGCUGGAGAUGAGCUGCAUGGCCUCCUAUGGGGGGCCCGUCUUCCCCUAUAUCGCCUUCGGGGGGUACCCAGGCUCAGAGUACACAGAGGCGGAGGCGCUGAUUCUCACCUACUCCCUGAACAACUUCCCCCCCGGUGACCCCCGGCAGCGCUGGGUGCUGAGCUGGGAGGAGCGAUUCCUGGAGGAGCUGCAGCGCUUCCAGAGCAAACACAGCUCCAACCUGAGCGUGUCCUACAUGGCCGAGCGCUCGCUGGAGGACGAGCUGAGCCGCACCACGGCCCAGGACCUGCCCGUGUUCGCUGUCAGUUACCUGCUGGUGUUUGCUUACAUCGCGCUGGCACUGGGGGAGUUCACGGCCUGGAGGAGGGUGUGGGUGGAGUCGAAGGUGACGCUGGCGCUGGGCGGCAUCGCGGUGGUGCUGGGCGCCGUCAUGGCGGCCAUGGGGCUCCUGGCGCUGCUGGGGCUCCCGUCGUCCCUCAUCAUCCUGGAGGUGGUUCCGUUCCUGGUUCUGGCUGUGGGUGCUGACAACAUCUUCAUCUUCGUGCAGGAGUAUCAGCAGUCGGAGCGGGAGCCGGGGGAGACGCGGGAGCAGCACAUCGGGCGCGUGCUGGCGCAGGUGGCGCCCAGCAUGAUGCUGUGCAGCCUGUCCGAGGUCAUCUGCUUCUGCCUGGGCUCGCUCUCCUCCAUGCCGGCUGUUCGCACCUUCGCCCUCACGGCCGCCGUCUCCAUCGGUCCCCCCGUUGUCCCCCCAUUGACCCCGUUCCCGCAGGACUCGUACAUGCUGCGCUUCUUCUCGGCCAUGGAGCGCUACCUGCACGUUGGGGUCCCCACGUACUUUGUCACCACGUCCGGGUUCAACUUCAGCUCCACGUUGGGCUCCAACGCCAUCUGCUCCAGCGCCGGCUGCGACAACAACUCCCUCACACAGACCAUCCAAUACGCCACGCAGUUCCCCAACGUCUCGUACCUGGCCAUCCCGGCCACCUCGUGGCUCGAUGAUUUCCUGGACUGGCUGAACCCCACGGGGCGCUGCUGCCGCGUCCACCGCUAUGGGGAGCACAGCGGGGAGUUCUGCCCCUCCACCAGCAGUGAGUGGGGUGCUAUGGGGUGCUAUGGGUUAUGGGGUGUUAUGGGUUAUGGGGUGCGUCCCCGUGGGAUCAAGACCCCAUAG